ACGGUCGGGACAGGGAGAUGUUGGAUACCGCUAGGAGAUUACUCGAGAGCCGGAAAUAGAAGUUUGGUCAGGCAAGAUGCGCUGGCUAGCCAAACAACAUCGUUCUCAUUAGGCUCCUUCAGAGAAACCACCCAAGGACAUUCAUCUGGAACUCCGUAAAGAAGCUGAUGGAGACCCCACCAUCCGAAGAGAACCUCAAUGUAAGCGAUCUGGACUUCGAAGAGCUCCGUCCGCCCGAGCACGACCUGGAUGCGAUCGACGACGCGGCGUGUAAUGAGUGCGACGGAAAGGACGGGGCUACCUCCAGGGCAGUCUGCCUUCCAUUCACGAGGAUACACGAUGGAGGUGUCGGCAUGCUGGAACCGAACGACAGCUUCCUCAUACCGGGAUGUUGCAUCGAGUUAAAAAUCACCAGCUUCGAUCGGGAUCACACGAGCGCUCAUAUCAUCUACCCUAAUGUGUAUGUGAUUGAAUUACGACACGGCGAGUUCCAGUGGACGAUUAGACGGCGUUACAAACAUUUUCAGCAGUUGCAUCAGCAGUUGCAGCUGUAUCGGGCCUCCAUGGCCAUCCCUCUGCCUACAAAGAGACACCGCGAGCGACGGAGAAGCUACAAAGAGGAGAAAACGAAAAGUCGUCCACUCCCACGGUUUCCCAAGAAACCAGAGUCUCUCCUGUCACACGAAGAGGUCAAGCAGAGAGCUCAACAACUAGAAGCCUACUUACAAAACUUACUUCAGGUUCCAUCGUACAGGUCACACCCCGACACAAUGCAGUUCCUCGAGAUCAGUCCAUUCUCGUUCAUUGGUUCUCUGGGAGCCAAGGGUAAAGAGGGCAUAGUCAACAAGAGAGCUGGAGGUCACCACGGAGCGAGAUGUUGCUUCAAAAUACAGUUUCUCUUUUACCAGUGCUGCAGUCGGUGGAGAAAAAGGUGGCUGAUCGUGAAGGACUCAUGUGUGAUCUACGUGCGGCCUCGUGACGGAGCCAUCAAGUGCGUCAUGCUCAUGGACCAAGGUUUCCAAGUCCAGUCGGGUUUCAUGGCCACCGGUGUCAACCAUGGAAUGCUCAUCUCGAAUCUCACGAGAAACCUGUUGGUGAGAUGCUGGACACGGCGCAAGGAGCGAGAGUGGAAGGAGCAGCUCAUGCAUCUUGCCAAGACAGCGGGAAGAGAUUUUACGCAGCCCAAUCGCUUUGACUCUUUCGUGCCCGUGCGCUCAGCUAAUCGGUGCAGGUGGUUCACAGAUGGAGCUAAAUACUUCGAAGCCGUGGCAAACGCCAUUGAGAUGGCGAAGGAAGAGAUAUUCAUUGCCGACUGGUGGCUAACGCCAGAGAUCUUCCUCAAGCGGCCCGUCGUUAUGGGACACAAGUGGAGGCUCGACAAACUGCUCAAGCGGAAGGCUGAGGAAGGAGUCCGUGUGUUUGUGCUCCUUUACAAGGAAGUUGAGAUGGCAUUAAACAUCAACAGCCUCUACAGCAAGCAGAGAUUAGUAGCACAACACCCAAACAUCAAGGUGUUUAGGCAUCCAGACCAUGUCAAAGGUGGCAUCCUAUUAUGGGCGCAUCACGAAAAGGUGGUUGUCGUGGACCAGACAUAUGCCUUCUUGGGUGGCCUGGACCUCUGCUACGGCCGAUGGGACGACUACAUUCACAGGCUGACAGAUGUUGGUGGCAUCACAGUCCAACAAAGCACUGACUCUACUGACAGCGAAACAUUCACGAAAGAGUAUGCAACAACAGUAUUGGCUACCAAGAAACUGCGUUACGCACCGGAUCCUUCAGCCGAGGACUCAACACCAGAGAAAACUCCGUUUGCAGGAGAAUCCGAGACAGAUUCCAAGCCUCGGAGAGAGUCUCAGAGCGACGACAAACUGUACUUCGACCAAGAGGCUGGCAAAUUUGUCUCCGGAGAAGAGCAGCGUUCGCGGCUGGCGGUCAACGUGCAGAAGGCACGGCGUGUCUUCCGCGCUGUCUCUGCCUACCAGCGGCUCCUAAGACACGGUCAGGCGUACCAGGAACGCCUGCGGGACGAGACGUUUGCAAGCACCAGCCGAUCGAGGUCGUUCGACUCACUAGACCUUGCAGACAUGUCUGAAGUACCAGGCAGUGACUUAAAGCCGUGCCUAGAAGACGAAGAGCUCAGUGGCCUGCAAGGGUCAGCCAAGUUGUGGCUGGGGAAGGACUAUGUCAACUUCAUUAUCAAGGAUCUCACAGAUCUACAUCAUCCUUUCGUGGACAUUGUGAAUAGAAAUAAGACACCUCGUAUGCCAUGGCACGACAUCGGAGCCAUGGUCUGCGGUGCAGCGGCUCGCGAUGUCGCACGCCAUUUUAUUCAGAGGUGGAACUUCACCAAGUUUGAGAAAGCCAAAAAGCAUGAAAGCUAUCCGUGGCUGCUUCCCAAGGCCUACGAUGACAUUGAUCUGAUACCACCAAUGCCAGAGUCUGCGGUCGGUACAUUGUACACUGCCGAUUGCCAGAUAUUGAGAAGUGCCAGCAACUGGUCGACUGGAAUAAGGGCUGUCGAAUCCUCUAUUCAGUCGGCCUACAUUGAUGCCAUAAUCAACGCGAAGCACUUCAUCUACAUCGAGAAUCAAUUUUUCAUUACAUUGGAGAAAGGAAAUGUCUCGGUUGAGAACCAGUUGGGAGAAGCGUUGUACGUUCGGAUCCUUAAGGCACACAGACAUAAAGAAAAUCUCAAAGUGUAUGUUGUGAUGCCCCUGUUGCCAGCAUUUGAAGGAGAAGUAGGCACAGACACGGGGACAGCAAUCCAAGCAGUAACACACUGGAACUACGCAUCCAUGUGCAGGGGCAGUUCAUCCAUCGUGGAACGUUUGAAAGCUGCCGACGUCUCAGACCCGUACCAGUACAUUGACUUCUUCGGCCUGAGAAGGCAUGACGAGCUGCACGGAAGAUUGGUGCAGGAGCUGGUUUACGUGCACAGCAAGUUGAUGAUCGUCGACGAUGAAAUUGCCAUAAUAGGCUCAGCUAACAUCAACGAUCGAAGCAUGUUGGGUCGGAGGGACAGUGAACUAGCCGUCAUUGUCACAGAUAUUGACAGGGAGAAGUCCAUAAUGGACGGGCGAAUCUUUUCCUCGGGAAAAUUUGCCGGGUCCUUGCGGAGGACUCUCUUCCGGGAGCAUCUUGGUCUGCUGGAGACCGAGAACAGCGACAUUGACUUGCGGGACCCCGUCGCAACGUCCUUCUACGAAGGCGUGUGGAAGAAAACUGCCACGAAAAACACGGAAAUCUUUGAAAAAGUGUUUCGCUGCAUCCCGAGUGACCAAGUCCGUAGCUUUGCUGAGCUUCAGGAAUUCAGUGCAAUUCCCGGGCUAGCGGAAACAGAUCCUGAGUCAGCUCGGGCAGAACUGCUCGAAUUGCGAGGCCAUCUUGUGGAGAUGCCCAAGAAUUUCCUCGUGGACGAGGUCCUUACGCCUGCUUCGGGAACCAAAGAGGCCCUGAUGCCAGUCUCCCUCUGGACGUGAGAUUCACUACGUUGGUCACUGCAACAACUUGUCACCUCUCUGGCAGUCUCUCAAAUGUGCUCACAAAGAAAGGAAGCAACUUGACUGGCACAAUUUCACGUGCAUCUUAUGCAUCUCAUCAACCACUUCAGCCAUCAUUCUACUCUUCAUAAGUGCAAGCGUCUUGCAUCUUUCACGUACAGCACAACAAAGCACGUUCUCAUCCGCAUUUCUUCAACGCAUCUUUGGUAUACAGACUACCAAUAUUAGGAAUUUAAUGGGAUUUAUUAUCGAGCGGAAGCUGCUUAUGUUACAUGCUAGCACAUAUUCAUAUCAUUUUGGACUCUGCCCUAAUAUUUUAUUGGAUGCUGUACCACGUACGGGUCCCUGGCACUGAAUGGUGGGCCAGCUUUUACUGCAGAUUUUAUGACAAGAAACUUAUUGAGUAUUUUGUAGUGUUUGUUGUGAUGCAGCUAUGGCAAUAACUUUCCCUAUUGAAGCGUGUCACAUCAUUGUUGUGCCAUAGUUGUUUUUGUUUGUGCCCCUGUGUUAUAUGGUUUCAAUACGUAACGUACUUUAAUAUAUAGUAACUCCUUUAUUUUAUCGUUGUGUUGUGCAGUAUCUUGAAAGUUUUGCUGUGCAGAGCAUAAUUGUUUCUUGUCCGUGAGACAGGCUGUGUGCAAAUAUGUGUUUUUCCACAUACGUCGUUUUAAGAUGUGCAGAGGCUGUAUUGAAUGUGAUGCAAACCACUGAGUUGGUUGCUUUCUAUGUAAUACAAAUGAAGGUAUAGUUUGCUUGAUAUGCAGAGCACAUACUUUAUGGUACUCCGGCAUAAUUUGCAAGAACAUAUUGUUUAGACCAUUGUUUAGACAUAGACGUUUAGACGUUGUUUUAGACAUAUUGUUUAGACCAUUUAGAACAUAUUGUCAGAAGAAUUAACAUCGAGGCAGACAGAGGCAACAUCUCUCUGACUCUAAUGAAAUAUUGCCUCUGUAUUCUGCGCUUGUUUCUUUUGUUUUUCGUCUUUCUUGGCAGUGUGCAAAUAUUGUUGAAAAUGUGUGCAUCAGUGUAUUUACCUGCACAUUUUUCAACACUUGGGGGCUUCAUUGUUGAGUGAAUGCCUUAGAGGUUGAGUAAUCAUUAGCACUUCAUAUAAUCACUUGCAUCCUUGCUGAAUGGGUGAACGAGCCCUGGUUGAAACUUCACCCAAUGGGUAUUGGAAUCUCAUUGUUGAUUUCUCGUGGUAUCACGUAAAACAAACUGCCAUUUUUAAUCUGCUUAUAAGGCUGACUAGAAGUAAAAGCUUGGCAAAUCUCUAUACAUUAAUAGUUUUGGCUCAAUUUAAUGCCAUUAUGAGAUAUAAUACCGUUUUUCAGUCAGUUGCAGGCAUGGAACUUUGCCUUCUGCUAGUUUUAUGGCUGACUCAUUUCAAAUGUACAGGGCUCACAUGGUAAAGACGAUCGAAAAUACCGGUAAAUUUGUUUCGAAGUAUCACAGUAGGUAGCAAGAGUUCAUUACUACCUCUGAUUAUUCAUUCAUUACCUUGUCAUUAUCAUACUGAUGAGUUCAUUGGGCUACAAUCUGGGAUCGUAUAAUUUCAAGCCUGAUAUGCAUUUUUGUUUCAUGUCACGUUUGUACUGCUUUCCACGCCAUAUGAGUUCCCGGUUAGUACGAUUGCUCCUGCGACGAUCGUGUUAUCUGGGUUUCCUUGUUGUUUAAUGCAGCAGUAUUCUCGUGUAUGGAAGUACUUUACUAUACUUAUGGGACUUUUAUAAAAACCCAAACAAGCUUGCGCGCAUGAAAAAAUAGUUUGCUAUUGCAAUUUACAGAUAGUAUACAAUUUUAACAUUUUUACGAAAACGAGUUAUUACCGGUGCUGCACACGAUGCAAUAAAGAUUUUCAACCAGUUA